CUGCCCCGGAAGUGAUCCAGCUAAGGUGAUCGGAAUGGAUAUUCAGCCUUGCUAACAGUACCGAAUUUUCAGCUAACUAGUAAACUUCCACUUGUGGUUUUGUAAUAAGGUUUCAAUCCAAAUUUUGUCACAUCCUCGAGUAAACAAUAAUUAAAUAAAUAAACACAGAGGUUUGCUGGCUACGUGUCCUUAGAAUGACACGGUUGUUACUCUGAACGUGAUGAGCGAUUUAUUUUUAGGUAGAAGCAUUUGGUUGUUGCUUUUCUAAGAGUGUCCUCUUGCGUUAAGAUUUGACGGGACAGACAUGGAGACUCCGGUUAUUGAAGAUAUGAUCGACUUUUGCCGGUUACCCAAAGACACACUUGUCUUCCUGCUGUUGGUGAUUUACUUUCCAGUUGGCAUUUGUUUGAUGUUAUUAAGGAUUUUUAUUGGUGUCCAUGUAUUCUUGGUCAGCUGUGCACUACCUGAAAGUUUUCUAAGACGAUUCAUUGUGAGGAUUAUGUGUUCAGUCUUGGGAAUGCACGUGAGGCAGCAAAAUCCUCGAUCCAGAGACAAAAAUACCAAACUUUACAUAUGCAAUCACGUGACAGAGUUCGAUCACAACAUAAUCAACCUCCUGACCCCCUGCUGCACUCCCCAGUUUGAGGGCUCCACAGGUUUCGUAUGUUGGGCCAGAGGCUUCAUGGAAGUGCACGCUGCGCUUGGCAGGGGAGCGAUAGGCGAGUCGCUUCAGAGGUACUGCUCCACCGAAGGGGCCUCACCAUUGCUGCUUCUCCCUGAAGAGGACACCACGAAUGGACGCGCCGGCCUGCUAAAGUUCAGUUCUUGGCCCUUUUCUCUGACAGACUCCAUUCAGCCUGUGGCCUUGAGGGUUGCAAGACCUCUGAUUGCUUUGAGCACACCAGAGAGCAGUUGGUUGACAGAGCUGUUAUGGACAUUUUUUUCUCCAGUUACAGUGUAUCAUGUAAGUUGGUUGCCAUCAGUUUCACGAGAGGAUGGUGAGUCCUCACAGGAGUUUGCCAACAAAGUCCAGGAGCUACUCGCCUGCGAACUUGGCUUGGUCACAACCAAGAUCACUAAAGCCGACAAAGCCGAGCACAUCAAAAGGAAACGACACGCCCUCCCACAAACGUCUACGAGCUUACGACCUGGCUCGAUCGGCCUCGGUUUCACGGCGCAGGGAACUGAUGAGCCUCGGAUAGCUCAAAUGGCCCAGCAGGUGAAGGAUGUACUCCCCCAUGUCCCCCUGAGCGUCAUCACAAAUGACUUGGCCCAAACCAGUUGUGUUAACGUCACCAUAACAAACCUGUUGGAAUAUAAAGAGGGGUCUUCAUCUGAAGAUUCGGAGGAGUCGCCAUUUGGGGCUUCAGUGAACAGCACUUUUCCUUCCACUUGUGCGCAGACCUUACAGCCUGCUGCAAAAUCUUUUGGGAAAUCAGCUGUUGACAGGCAUUUGUCCCUUCAAGAGCGGAAAGAAGCGCUGUACAAUUUUGCAAGAAGACGUUAUAUUGAAAAAUAUGGAUCGGAUCAAGAAGACAGUCACUGAACACUUUGGUGAGGUCAACAAGAAAAAAAUAAUCAGUCUGUCUAGUGCAAAAGAUGAUUUUUAUAUUCAAUCAACUGGUGGCGGUGUUGGGAAAACAGACUUGCUAGACAGUUCAAGGAAUGUUCUCACCAAAUACAGUUUAAGUUGGUGGAAAGGUGAAUAAUGCAUGUGUUCGAUUCUUGCUGAUGCAUAAUUUUGAUAACACUUUGUAUUGUGAUCCACUGACUGUGAAUCAUCUAUUUAUUUUUAUAAUGUUCAGAGUCAUCAACUACAAAUAAAGUUCAGUUUGACCUUG